AUGCUUUUCGCCCGGAAUGUUUUACCUUUGGCACUGCUACCUGGGAGUGCCUGGUGUACGACCUCUUAUGUUGAAAGUAUGCCAUUGAAUGCCCAGGGGUUGCUCAAUGAAUCGAUGGCGUGGAUGGACAACUUUUACGAUCCUGCUGCAGGGUAUUUGUAUGAUGUUUCUGCAUCGUCGGCUUUGCGGCAUGAGACGCGUAGUUCUGCAUGGUAUGCCGUUGGUCUUCUGGCUAGAAAUGAGGGAGAGGAUGUGCAAGAAGCUUUGAAGAUUUUAACGAACGUUGUCGAUGGUCAAUUCAAAAAUCCGGAAGAUCAAUGGUAUGUGAAUACUCUGUUCAGUGACUCCUCGGGAACCAAUUGAAUUUGAGAGGAUUCUAAUAAGGCACUCGAAUCAGGUAUGGCAACUACCAAAAACAGCCAGAAGAACCAAUGGUCGGCUCGAAAUACUACCCGAAGAACAUCUACAAUUCAUGGGAUCCAAAUUGGCGGGGUUUCGUCGGGACGACGAUUAUCGUGGGGCUCGAAGAAUUCGGACAUUUGAUUCCAGAGAACACUACCGCGUAUCUCCUUGAAUCGUUACACAAUGCGACAGUUGGAGACUCAUACCGUGUUGGUGGUGUAGAUGAUGAUAACUUGUACCCAGCCUAUUCCAAUCCCGUACGUACUGCGAUGUUCACGGAGCACGUCCAACAUAUUCUGACAUUUGUGUAGUCAAUCAUGCGAGCAUUUGUCUCUGGUUGGACAGGCCGUCGACUCAAUGACUCGAACAUGACCAUCGCAGGCGAGAACUAUGCAAAGGAACUAGUGACCAUGUUUGAAAGAGCCAACACCCUUUCUGAAUUUAACAGUGGCACUUAUACCGGUGUGUCACUUUGGGCUUUGACAUUGUGGGCCAAAUAUUUGCCCACCGAUUCAAUUAUGGGCGAGAAAGCACCUACUAUGAUUCGACAUACCUGGGAAUCGGUUGCCCAACUGUGGAAUCCAAACCUGAAGAAUGUUGCCGGACCGUGGGAUCGAAGCUACGGAUAUGAUAUGAAUCGAUAUGUCAGUCUUUUAGCUUUGCAUCUGUGGAACAUUGUUGGAAAGGACAAGUCUUCACUGAUCUCUAAGGUAAGUAGUAUUAUUCCUAUUUCAAGUCCCAAACACUCUUGCGCGAGAUAAGGAGGUUGGCUAUACUCUGAGUGAUUAGUUACUUCAAAUCGUUCCUCUAGCGGUUCUAAAGUGUUCGAUUGAGAGUAUUUUAGACCUCCAGAACAACUGUAAAUCUGACAUGACAACAGCCACAAGUAAUGUCUCAUUCGGCCGACUUUGCAUAUGCGCCAUUGUUCGCCAUCCUCGCUGAGUUUCACAGUACUCUUGUACCUCAAGCCGUUGUCUCAGCCUUGACGAAUUUUACUGGCGAACACACCUUCACUUCCAGCACCUUUUCCCCGCCCUUCGAUGUGUAUCCUCGGAACAUAACAGCCUGGGUUGAUGAGAAGAUAACCAUUGGGGCUGAAACCUUCAAUGAGACCGUUAUCGGAGGUCCGGCAACUAGUAGAGAUUCGUUCAAUCCUGCGCUCAUUCAGUGGGACACGGGGAAUGGAAUUGGAUGGAUUACCGUAUGUCAUUUCCUGCUAAGCACCUUGAGUGGGAGAUUAAUCUUUUGUAGUAUCGAACCUCGGUUCCAUCAAUGAUCGCUGUUGCUUCUCCCGGUCAACUAAAUCUCACGUAUCCUUACGGCACUGCCUCAUCCACCUUCUCCCUUCUCGUCUCACCAUUUGCCAUGAAGAAGGAUAUUGUUGGAUGGGAAGACGUUCAAGGUUUGAAUGUUACUGUCUCGGGAAAUGUUGAUUCUAAUUUCACUCUUGGUUAUGCGGGGGCCUAUGGUGGUGCUUACAGCACUGUUAAGUAAGUCUUCUCUUGACCGUCUCUUUGGUGUAUGAUGAGAGUUUAUGAUGAGAAGUAGUUGCUAACUGUGUUUAGUGAUUUUGAGUUUUGGAACUUUACGUAUUCUAUGCCUCGGAAUUUCACAGGAUUGCCUAAUUUGGUUCUGCAUGUUGAGCCGGCGUAGUUUAGAUACAAUCCUAAUUUAAUGAUUAAUG